UAAUAAAAAAAACUUGGAUAUGGAGGUGGGAAUAAAUGGAGAGAAAGAAGAGAAAGUGCUUGCAGCUCUGAGAUUUGAGAUGGCCUGAGCUGUAUCUAAAGGGAGAGAGAGAGCACGAGAGAGAGAGAAUCAGAAGGGACUAGCAACUGAGGAUUGCAUAUACAUGUAUAUGUAUAUGGGUAUAUAAUUUCAAUCGGCUUUCUUUCUUUUUCGAUCUUAUACACGAGGUGUUGCAUUCAUUGGUUGGCUCAGUGCAUUCCUCACCAUUUCUGAGAAAAUUUUGGCAUCAUGUUGGAGGGUCCUUCCUAUCUUGUCGCCCGGGACUUGCCAAGUGCCUGUGAACAACAGAGCAAGUGGAUCUACAAUGCGUUUUGUGUUAUCGAACUUUCAAAUGGUAAGCAAUGUCUGGAAGAUGAAGAACAGAUGAUGUGGAGAAAGUCUUCCACACCAUUGGAUGCCCUUCAGGGAGAUGAAACAAUGCAGAGUUUUCAUGAUCUUUCGCUUUCUCAGAUGGACCACUCAGAUAACCAGCGUCACCAGGGAAAUCAUUCGGACUCAAGUUCACUGAUCUACCAGCUUGGCCGGGACAUCUCAAUUAAUUGCCUACUAUGCUGCUCAAGGUCAGAUUAUGGAUUGGUUGCUUCUUUGAAUCGGAGCUUUCAGUCUCUAAUUCGUACUGGGGAGCUUUAUAGGUUGAGAAGGCAGAUGGGCAUUGUUGAACAUUGGAUUUACUUCUCAUGCAAGCUUCUUGAGUGGGAGGCUUUUGAUCCCAUCCGCCGUCGAUGGAUGCAUUUGCCUACAAUGGAUUGUAAUGAAUGCUUCAUGUGUUCGGACAAGGAGUCAUUGGCUGUUGGUACUGAUCUUCUUGUCUUUGGAAAGGAAAUAGAUUCACAUGUAAUCUGCAAAUAUAGCAUAUUGACUAACUCGUGGUCCGCUGGUACAAAGACAAACACACCUAGAUGUUUGUUUGCAUCUGCAAGUCUUGGAGAAAUUGCAAUUGUAGCCGGUGGUUGUGAUUCAGCAGGGAACAUCUUGAGCUGUGCAGAGCUUUAUAACUCAGAGACUGGAACUUGGGUGACUCUCCCAAGUAUGCAUAAGCCAAGAAAAAUGUGUUCAGGGGUGUUUAUGGAUGGGAAGUUUUAUGUUAUUGGGGGAAUUGGGGUAGGCAAUCCAAGUGAGCUCACAUGCGGGGAGGUGUAUGAUUUGGAGACAAGGACUUGGCAUGAGAUUUCUGAUAUGUUCCCUGCACGGAAUGGAGGGGCCGGGGAGGCCCCUGCAACUGCCAAGGCACCUCCACUGCUUGCAGUUGUUAAAAAUGAGCUGUAUGCAGCAUAUUAUGCAGAAAAGGAAGUGAGAAAAUAUGACAAGGUGAGAAACUCAUGGGCUACGGUAGCUAGACUACCAGAACAGGCGACCUCAAUGAAUGGUUGGGGGUUAGCAUUUAGGGCAUGUGGAGAUCAGCUUAUUGUUAUAGGUGGACCAAGAGCUUCCUUUGGAGGGAUUAUAGAGCUUAAUUCCUGGGUGCCAGAUCAAGGCCCUCCACAGUGGAAUUUGCUGGCCAGAAAGCAUUCAGGAAGUUUCGUCUAUAAUUGUGCUGUGAUGGGUUGUUGAUGCGUCUUAUUUUGGUGACGCCCUAUCCACUGUAUGAGUUCCUUUCUGAAUGUGGAUUUACAACAUUUGCAUUUUACAAGGACAUGAAAUUCAGGCUAUUUAUCUCUGCCUUUGUUCCUGCAGGGGAAGUUUAUUCCUAAACAUUCUCAUAAAGAGUUCCUCUUGAGACUGUCCAGAAUAUGCAUCUGUGGAACAGGCAUAGGUCAAUAAUUUGAAGCAUCAGUUAGGAAUAUUUACCAGAACCUUUUUUUUUUUUGAAGAAUAAAUAAAAUUCUCUUGUGGUUUUUUGAGUUAUUUAAAAUGGUUUUUUUUUAAUGAUUUAGAAGUGGCUCUUUUGUACACAUCUUCUAUGCCCUAUUCGCUUCCAUAAGUGUAUUUCCUUUAUGGGGGGUCUUGUA